UUCAAUUAACAGAUAACAUAUGCGAAACAACUUCCUGUACAGCAACACAGAGUUCAACAAUGGAUUGUCUAGAAGCAGAUAGAGUGAUUGACGGAAAAGUCUACCAAAAUGAUCGAAAUUGUUCACAUACGGCUUUAAACAAAUCGGUUGCAUGGUUGAUGGUGGACUUUGGCAAAGAAUUUCAGAUGAAAAAUGUUGUAAUCUAAUACAGGGAUGAACGUAAAAAAAAAUCUCCUUUUAACUGGAAACCGUUCUGAUUCCGAAAAUACAGAUUAGAGAUAUCUAAUUACUCGAAUACACAAAAGUGGAUGAUUUAUUACAAAGGUUACACAUCAUACCCUGUUGUGUCUCCAAGUAUACAGACUAUUUCAUGUGAGAGAAAAGCCAGAUACAUAAGAAUAAUUACAACGUAUGAUGCUCCAGAAGAUAAGCCAAUCAUGGGCGCUGUACUUGAAACAUGUGAAAUUUAAGUUUAUGGCGUGUAACAUCUUCACUGGUUUUUGCACUUAUGGAUAUAAAAACGAAUUCUAUUCAUCAAAGUGUGAUAAGACAUGCAGCCUAAAUUGUACAAAUGGAUGCGAUAGAAUCAAUGGUUUAUGGAAUUCUGAAUGCAUUUUUGGAAAAUUUGGCGCUGAUUGUCUCAAGACCUGUGGCGCUGAGUGUAUUUCCGGUUGCAAUCAAUCCGAUGGGAGCUGUACUUGUAAAACAGGAUGGCAGGGACGUAAUUGCGAUGAAAGCAGUCAAACUCAUUACGGACAACGGUGUAAUAAACUUUGCAGUCUAAUCUGUCUGAAUGGAGUUUGUUUUUCAAACAAUGGUUCCUGUAAAGAGGGUUGCGAUAUUAACCUCUAUGAAACUAAUCGCUUGCAUGAAUCAAAUAGUUUUUCAAACACAGAGUCAGCUCUAUAUGGAGUCGCCACAGUUUUUCAGUCUGAAAUUCCUAAGAAAGGAAUGUGUUCCAUGAAACAAUCAGAAAUCAAUCUUGUUAUGAGCAUCGCAAAAUUGAGAAUAAAUCGAACAUGGGACCCCUAG